AUGACGGCCACUAAGAUCGAUGGCACGGCCAUUGCCAAGAGCAUUCGGGAUGGCCUGAAGACUGAGAUUGAACAGAUCCAGCAGGCAAACCCCAGGUUCCAGCCUAGUCUGGUUAUAUUUCAGGUUGGCGGUCGAUCCGAUUCGAGCACCUAUGUGCGCAUGAAGUUGAAGGCUGCUGAGGCGGCAAACAUCACCUGCAAGAUCGUCAACUUCCCCGAAUCCAUCUCCCAGCCCGAGCUGCUCCAAGAAAUCACCAAGGCCAACAACGACACCACUGUCCACGGUAUCCUCGUCCAAUUGCCGCUCCCCGCGCACCUUUCCGAACAUGCAGUCACCUCAGCAGUGGCCGACGAGAAGGAUGUCGAUGGUUUCGGUGCGAUCAACAUUGGCGAGCUGGCGAAGAAGGGCGGUGCCCCUCACUUUGUGCCCUGUACACCCCAGGCGGUCAUGGAGCUCUUGCACGUUAGCGGAGUGAACCCUGCAGGAAAGGAAGCUGUGGUCCUUGGUCGUAGCGAUAUUGUCGGCAGCCCCGUCAGCUACCUGCUGAGAAACGCCGAUGCAACCGUCACUCUCUGUCAUUCCAAGACCCCGGACAUGCCCCGACUCGUGAAAAACGCAGACAUUGUGGUUGCAGCUAUUGGCCAGACCGAAUUUGUUAAGGGUGAAUGGUUGAAGCCGGGUGCCGUGGUGAUCGACGUUGGUAUCAAUUACAAGCCAGACGCGACCAAGAAGUCCGGCGAGCGACUUGUGGGCGAUGUCGACUUUGAAUCGGCCGCGCAGGUGGCUUCUCAGAUCACUCCUGUGCCCGGUGGUGUAGGCCCGAUGACCGUCGCCAUGCUGAUGAAGAACGUGGUCAACGCCGCCAAAGUAUACUUCCAGAACCAGAAGAACCGACACCUGACUCCAUUGCCGGUUAAGUUGACCGAGCCCGUUCCCUCUGAUAUCGCCAUUUCCCGCGCUCAGUACCCGAAGCAGAUCACCGACCUUGCGGCCGAAAUUGGCAUCGCUCCUCAUGAGUUAGAGCCCUACGGUCACACCAAGGCCAAGGUCAGCCUGGACAUUAUGAAUCGCCUGGCUCACCGCCGCAAUGGGCGGUACAUUCUUGUCUGUGGUAUCACCCCUACGCCACUUGGUGAGGGCAAAUCGACGACCACGCUUGGUCUCACCCAGGCACUUGGUGCCCAUCUUGACCGUAUUAGCUUUGCAAACGUGCGGCAGCCCAGCCAGGGUCCUACAUUUGGUAUCAAGGGUGGUGCUGCCGGUGGUGGAUACAGUCAAGUCAUCCCCAUGGACGAGUUCAACCUGCACUUGACUGGUGAUAUCCAUGCCAUUACGGCUGCCAACAACUUGCUUGCUGCUGCUAUCGACACCCGUAUGUUCCACGAAGCAACCCAGAAGGAUGGCCCGCUCUACAAGCGAUUGGUUCCUCCCAAGGGCAAGAAGCGCGAGUUCAAGCCCGUCAUGUUCAAACGACUACAGAAAUUGGGUAUCACAAAGACCAACCCUGACGAUCUUACUGAGGAGGAAGCGCGCCGUUUCGCGCGCCUGGACAUUGACCCAGAAACUAUUACCUGGCGUCGCGUGCUGGAUGUGAACGACCGACACCUUCGUUCGAUUACCGUCGGACAAGCGCCCUCGGAGAAGGGUCUGACCCGCGAGACUGGAUUCGAUAUUUCUGUCGCCAGUGAAUGCAUGGCCAUUCUGGCACUGAGCAACAGCCUCGAGGACAUGCGGGAACGUCUGGGACGUAUGGUCGUGGCCACCUCCCGGAGCGGCGAUCCUGUGACUUGCGACGAUAUUGGUGCUGGUGGUGCUCUUGCUGCGCUCAUGAAGGACGCAAUCAAGCCUAACAUGAUGCAGAGUUUGGAGGGUACCCCGGUCAUGGUUCACGCCGGUCCGUUCGCCAACAUCAGUAUUGGCGCCAGUUCGGUGCUUGCGGACAAGCUGGCCCUCAAGCUGGCUGGUACGGAGCCUGACGAGGACCACGAGUCGCAGACCGGUUUCGUCGUGACCGAGGCUGGUUUCGACUUCACCAUGGGUGGUGAGCGGUUCUUCAACAUCAAAUGUCGGUCGUCUGGCCUGUCGCCUGACACUGUUGUGAUUGUGGCGACCGUCCGGGCCUUGAAGGUUCACGGCGGUGGUCCCGCUAUCAGCGCUGGCGCUGCCUUGCCCGAAGUCUACCGCACGGAGAACACUGAGGUCCUCCGCAAGGGCUGCAUUAACCUCAGGAAGCACAUUGAGAACGCCAAGCAAUAUGGCGUGCCCGUCGUUGUGGCGAUCAACCGGUUCUCGACGGACACAGAGGCUGAGAUUGCCAUCAUCCGGGAAGAGGCUGUCGCGGCUGGUGCAGAGGAUGCCGUUCCCGCCAAUCACUGGGCUGAAGGUGGUGCGGGAGCAGUUGAUCUGGCCAAGGCGGUGGUGCAGGCCAGCUCGAAGCCUAAGGAAUUUAAGCUUUUGUACGAGCUGGAGGGCACCGUGCAAGAGCGAAUUGAGAAGAUCGCACAGAUCAUGUACGGAGCGGAGAAGGUUGAGUUCAGCGAACUGGCACAAAAAAAGGUUGACACCUACAUCCAACAAGGAUAUGGUAAUCUCCCGAUUUGCAUUGCCAAGACGCAGUACUCGCUCAGUCACGACCCCGAUCUGAAGGGUGCGCCGACCGGAUUCACAGUGCCCAUUCGGGAUGUGCGGUUGGCGGUUGGCGCUGGAUAUCUCUACGCACUGGCGGCGGACGUCCAGACGAUCCCAGGAUUGCCCACAGCGCCAGGUUACCUCAACAUCGACAUCGACCCCGAGACCGGGGAGAUUGACGGGAUGUUUUAG